GCGGCGCGCGGGUGGAACAGGACGAGCUUCGCUUAAUUAACGGAGCGCGAGCCCUGCAGGAAUGCCAGCGAGGCGCUGCUUGGAGAAGGGAUGCUAUAGCCAGCAUGCUAUGAGAUGAACAUAUGAAUAGAAGUUCAAAUGGCUGAUCUUAAAGUCCUCUUUUGUGGUCAAGACGCUGUCCAGACCGAUCACCUUGACUGGUCCCUAAAACAUCAGCAAAGUCAUCACUCAGUGUGUGCAGAUGAAAGGGCACUUUCCAAUGAAGAGUGCUGCCAGGCGUAUCUGGAGGAGAAUGUUAAUGAGGCGAGCAGGCUUUCAGAACCAUGGACAGCGACUCUGCCAAUUGGACGACUCUGCAAACUCAAUGAAUGGGGAUUUGAUGAAGAAGUUGAGGUAUGUUACGAUGAGCAGUUUGAAACAGCUUUUCCUGGUGUGGCUGACUUUACUGACCAUAAAGACAGUCAGUUGUUAGCAGAGGAGACCAGCUAUGACAACUUCAGUUGGAAUUCUUCCAAAGAUCUCCAAGAAGGCGGGCCAGAAUGCUCCCUGCUGUCAGUUGACGAUUUCAUGGUGGAUUCAACGGAAAAGUCAGUGGAUUAUGGAUUUAUAGGUGCUGUUACCUUUUUAGUUACUGGGAUUUCCUUGGUUGUCAUCUCCUACACGGUCCCACGUGACGUCAAGGUAAAUCCUGAUACCGUUUCUGCCCGGGAGAUGGAGCGGUUGGAGAGAGAGAACGCCCAGGUGGGUGCUCACCUGGACAGGUGUGUGAUUGCAGGACUGUGCCUCCUCACACUCGGUGGUGUGGUACUGUCAACCCUGUUGAUGAUCUCCAUGUAUAAAGGGGAGAUGAUCAGGAGACAAGCAUUUGCUUACUCCAAGCACCAAGCCAGACUCUACGGCUCUAUGAAUUUUAGAAGUGGCGCAAGCCCGACCGGAGCUCCUUCGCUUUUGUCCCUUGAUGAAGAUGAAGGUCCUGUUGAAGUCUUAAGUUGAAGCUGAGAUCAGCAUCUUGACUUGUUAUCUCCAUAUGAAAACAUGAUCAAAACAGCUUUGUUAUACUGUGAUCU